CUCAUCGAGCACUGGGGGUUCAAAGCAGAGACUCACUACGUCACAACAGAAGACGGGUAUAUCUUGGGAGUGCAUCGAAUUGCAAACCCAUACACAAUGUAUCCACCCGUCUACUUCCAGCAUGGGCUUCUUGCCUCCUCUGAUCUGUGGUUAAUGCGUGGUCCGGAGGAAGAAUUAGCGUUCCAACUGGCACUUAAGGGAUAUGAUAUAUGGCUGAGCAACGUGAGAGGCAGCACUUAUUCCAGAAACCAUACGACCUUGUCCCCGGACGAAGAGAAAUUUUGGGAUUUCAGCUGGCACGAGAUGGGGACCCGUGACCUUCCGGCUGUUAUAGACUUCAUCCUGGCCAAAACGAGGCAGAAGAGGCUGUUCUACAUUGGCCAUUCCAUGGGCACCACACAGUUCUACGUGAUGGCCUCCGCCCGACCCGAGUACAACGACAAGAUCGCCGUCCAUUUCAGUCUCGCGCCGAUCUGCUUCAUGGGUAACAUGAGGGCGUUCGAUCUCUUUCACCCCUUUGCCGUGGAUUUUGACCUCUACAAAUAUGUGAUCAAGCUGAAUCCCCUAACAGCCAGGAAUAACUUCGAAUUACUGCCGCGAAAUCCACAAGUUAGUGAAAUUCUUUUUGGAAUGCUGCAAAACCCACUCACCAAUGCUACUUUUUGGCUGUCAAUAUUUUCUGCUGUUGGACCUGACCUGGAGCUAAUAAACAUGGACACGGUAGCGCUGUUUUUGGGACAUGGCCCCAACGGUGUCUCUGAGCGAACUUUGCAAGCAUACGCUCAGUUACUACUUUGGGGAGACAAAUUCAAUCGUUUUGACUAUGGGCCUGAGGAAAAUCUUCUGCGUUACGGUUUACGAUAUCCUCCAGCGUACAACUUGAGCGCCAUCACAGCAAAAGUCGCCAUUUACUUCGCAGAUAAUGAUUAUUUAUCCCACCCAAAAGACGUACAGAAGUUGGCCGAGAAGCUGCCGCGUUUGAUCAGGUAUAAGCUGAUCAAGCAUAAAAAAUUUAAUCACAUGGACUACAUUUGGGGUACCGACUCGCAGAAACAUUUUGCUGGUAAUAUCAUAGACACGAUUAGGAAGUACUCCUAACAUUUAUAAAGGGACCUCUUGGAGGAACGAAAGAGAGGAUGUCUUCCGGAUAGGACAGGUCUACCAGUCCUGAUUAUCGCUUAACCAGCCCUGAUCCAUGAGAAAUUCGUGACACUUAUCAAGAAGAACAAAAAUUAACGUAAAAAACUGGCAUUUCUGUGAAUUCUGUGAGCGUAUAUAUUACUGUGUUACUUUAUUCCGGUGAGAAAAAUGUCUAUUUUUGGAGAGAACUUUUGAGCUCACAAUG